AUGGACCCAAGGGGAGAACUGGAAAAAGAACCGACGAAUAUAUAUACAUUAUCUAGUUCUUUUCAAAAACCAGUUCUUGUUGCUACUAUACAAACCGGUAGUGACGUUCCUAGGAGAUUGGCUUGUUUUGGUCCCUCAGAGGUGUGGAUAAGUGGUAUAGAUGACGUCAUCGAAGGUUGGAAUAUUGAGGGAGAAUUCUCAGUUACAGAUAUUUUUCAAACCGGAUCUGGUCGUCGUCCGACGGACCUUACUGUUAAUCUUAAAGGUAGACUUGUGUACUCUGAUCACUAUCAAAGAAAAAUUUUUAAAAGGAAAAACGGACAUGUUAAAGAAGUGAUAUGUUUUAGGAAAUGGCGACCUUCGGGAAUAUGUUACACAUCAAAAGGCGAAUUGUUGAUUGGCAUGUCAAACAAAAGCUACACAGAGAAACUGAUCAGGCGAUAUUCCGGAAGGAAAAAUCUUCAGGAAAUCCAUUUCGACAAUAACGGGAAUCCCCUCUUCAAGCCAGGAGAUCUGGCCAUUUUCGUGGAAGAAAAUAAAAACACUGACAUCUGUGUUUCCGACUGUCAGGCCAAAUGUGUGUUAGUUUUCGAUAAAUCCGGAAAUGUUCGAUUCAAAUACUCGGGAAGUCACGUGAUGGCCGAAUUCAAUCCAGGGUGUCUUGCGACUGAUUCUUUAUGUAACAUUUUUAUGGUGGACACUGGGAACGAUUUGAUCCACAUACUGGACAAGUGUGGUCAGUUACUGGGAUUCAUUGAUGACGCAUGCGGAAUGACAGGAAGCACGGGCAUCGCAGUGGACAGUGAAAAUCGAGUGUGGGUGACUGAAUGCCACACCUCCAAAAUCAAAGUCAUCAAGUAUACGUAG